AUGGCGGCAUGGAGAGACAGCUAUGAAGAUUGCGGCGUGGCGAGCUCCAAGGGAUGUGGCUCGGCAGACUCCGAGGCUCUAAGGACGGCGGCGUGGAGACGCAGCUCUGAAGAUGGCGGCACGGUGAGCUCCGAGCGACGCGGCUCGGCAGACUCUGAGGGCCCGGAGUUCGGGAGGGCGGGCGCGGCUGUUCCUGGGGAGUCGCCGGCGGCGGGCGUGGCGGACCACGGACUCGCCCAGGCACUGCGUGCGGUGGAUAAGGAUUCGGUGCAGAAGUUUUUUUUAAGAAGGAAAUCCAUGGAGAAGUGUGAAAAUAACUAA